AUGGCGGAGGCGAAGAAGCGCAGUCGCUCGAAAAGCGAGGCUGCCGCGAAACUCCGUUCUAAAGGGGCGGCACCGGACUCCGGGGGGGACGGCGGUGCUGACCAGCUUGACGACUUUUCUAGCGAAAAAGGCCUCCAACAGAACAAGAGGCGCCGCGUGCUUGGCAGGGAAGAGUCUCAGAAGAAGUUUCGAGGCGACUCUCGGGACGCAGGAGCUUUAACGGACACGCCACGGCGUUCAGGAGAUCUAUCGCGCGGUCAGCAGAAGCACGACCAGACAGGGAGUCAACGAGGAGGGAACGCCGACCGAGAGGAGGCGACCAGUUUCCGCAGCGAUGGUGCCUCGUCGGAGUCUGUGCGCGAUAACAGGAAAGACGGCGCGGCGCGGAGAGAGGGCGAUAAGCAAGGAAGCGGAAAACUCGGGAAGAAGAUGGACAUGUUUGCCCACGAGGAGGGAGAGGACGGGAAGAAGGCUCCAGCCAGGAAGGGCGGCAAGGAUUAUUCCGAGGCGCGAAAAGACAAGAGAAGAGAGCGGCAGAGCGGUAAGGCGCACUGGUUGGACCGAGCUGUCGACGUGCCUGCGGAGUACCGGUGUUCCCGUCUAAUCGUGAAGAAUCUUCCACCGUAUAUCACAGCGGCGGAGUUGAAGCAGAAGCUGUCCUCUCUCGGCGGCGAGAUCACAGACGUAUGUCUCUUGCGGAAUGAACGGGGCAAGAGUCGGCAGUGCGCCUUCGUUGGCUUCAAGACGCAGCAGCAAGCGGUCAACGUCAAGGAGCACUUCCACGAGACCUUCAUUCACACGCGCAAAGUCCAAGUCUCCUACGCGCUGCCGCGCGAGACGCCCUAUGCAUCAGACAAAGGCACGCAGAGCGCGGCUGCAGGUCAACACAAACCCCCCGGGGCGAAGCAGCCUGCGGCGGGGGCCGGAAAGGCGGCGCCGCCUGGCACAGCGAUGCAUGCGACGUCCGCGAACCGUGUGUCCAGAGGCUCCACAGGGCAGGGAGGGAAUGUCGUCGAGGAGGAAUCCGUGGGGGCUCGGAAGGCAGGCGUCUCCGGCGUACGCACUCGCGUGGUCUUCGGUGGCGCGAGCGACGCAGAGAGCAGCAACGACUCACAGAGCGACUCGGAGAGCUCGGCUGGUGAUGCCUCGGCGACCGGCAAGCAACGCAGCAGGACCGAAAAGGCGAAACACGUGACCGCCGAGACUCUGGCUUCUGCAGAUGCGGACGAAUCCCUCGAGGAUGAAGAGGACGAUCUUGCGUGGCUUCACAAGCAGAGCGCUCGCGCGACGGAGCUGUUGCCAGAGGGGGGCGAGUGCUCUGCGGCGCAGGCCGCGAAAGGCGGAAAGACAGGAGACACACACGCGGCUUCCCGUGGAACUGCGAACGGGCGUAAGGGUGAUGACGCCGCGGAGGCAGACGCGCACGCGGCCGACGACUUUGACCUCGCCCUCCUGGGAUCGCAUGGCCGUUUGCUGAUCCAGAAUCUCCCCUACGCGACGACAGUCGAUGAACUCCGGGCCCUGGGUGAAGAGUACGGGGAGGUCGCCGAGGCGCACCUAGUUGUGGAUGAAGAGACACACAAGCCGCGAGGCUUUGGCUUUGUCACGUUCGUUUUCCCCGAGCACGCAGUCGCCGCGUUGUCCCGAGUGAACGGCUCCAUUUUCCAGGGGCGCCUUCUGCGGGCGCUGCCGGCACGUCCCGACACGAAGCGCGAGCGGCGUCUGCAACUCCGCGAAGAGCACCGCCUGGCGCGACGAAAGAUCGCGGGAAGCAGCUACAAGGCGCGGAAACUGGAGCAGCUGGUCAACCAGGAUACGCGUUUCGCUGAGGAGAAGGUCUGGAACCUGCUCUACGUCUCCGCGAACUCCGCUGCCGACGCCGUGCUGAAUGAGUUGCAAGUCGACAAGGCAGAUCUGAUCCUGGGGGGGGACAAAGGAGGUGGAAAGAAAGGCAGUUUGCUGAAGGCUGGGAACGAAGGACACGACAUGGGCAAGAGCACAGCCGCAGCCACUGUGGCGCUGAUGGAGGCGCACCUGCUGAACCAAACCAAGUCGUGGAUCAAGUCGGAAGGGAUCUCGCUCGAGGCGUUUGAACGACGUGGCAACAACCUCCUCACCGCUGCGUACCAGCAGACGCCUGCCAGCAGCAACGGGAAGACUGGCGAGACGACGAACGGCAGCGCAGAAGGGGCGCGAGGCCUCGAGAAGGGCGGAGAGUCACUCCUCCGGUCGCGAGACACGCUGAUUGUGAAGCACCUGCCGACGUCGCACGUCGACGGCGCGGACCUGUUGCGCCUCUUCGAACGCGUCGGUCCACUGGCGCGGUUUCUCUUGGCGCCGUCCAAGACUGUUGCAAUCGUGCAGUACGAGCGCGAGAAGGACGCCGAAGUCGCCUUCCGCCGCCUCGCGUAUCGCCAGUACAAAGGCGUGCCUCUGUUCCUUGAGAAGGCGCCGGUGAACGUCUUCGUGGAGCGCGAGGAAGAAAAGCAGCAAGCGCGAAAGGCGGCAGCCGAGGAGAUACGCGCGGCCGAAAUCGCCGAUCGGGUUGUCGGCGACGGCCCUUCGCCGAGCAAAGCGGAGAAGAGGCGAAAGCGGCUCGCAGGGAGAGAAGAGCGAGACAGUGCAGCGUCCGCGAGUGCAGGGGAGGCGAAAAAGUCGAGCCGAAAGGGCGCUAGCGCCGCAGAAGCUGAGCAGCACGUGGCAAGGGCAGCCGACAGAAACGCGGCGCCCCCGGCGCGGCAGCAGUUGGCCGUGACGUCUGCGAAGAAACUCAAAGUCGACGCGAUCCCUGAUGCAGCAGCGUCGGACGCAGCUGCCGAGGAUCUCGAAGAGAGUGUGCAGGGCGCGAGCCUCUUUGUCAAGAACGUCAACUUCGCGACUUCGGAGGCGGCGUUGAACCAAGUGUUUUCUCGGUGUGAAGGUCUGCGACGAACGAAGCUGAUGACCAAGAAGAGAGCAGUAUCCGCCACGUGCGGGAACGACAACGGAGACGGCGGGGCUACCACUUCUUCGCUGUCCAUGGGUUACGCCUUUGUUGAGUUUGAUUCUGCAGCAAACGCCUUGGCGGCGUGCAAACGCAUGCAGGGCGUGGUGGUUGACGCUCAUGCGCUGCAGAUAUCGAUUUCGAAAGCCGCCAAGGGGAGACGCAGCGAAGCCUCUUCAGCGAGCUCGGGCAAGACCCCCUGGGGCACGGGACGCGGAGGUGUCAAGAGCAAAGCGCAAACCCACAAAGUCCUGGUUAGAAACUUGGCUUUCCAGGCGUCCGCGUCGGACCUGAGGGCCCUGUUUUCUGCAUACGGGAAUGUCACACGCGUGUGCAUCCCGCGACAGCAUGAGGGCCGCAGCAGAGGUUUCGGUUUUGUCGAUUUCGCCACAAGGCAGGAGGCCCAGAACGCCCUCGACGGUCUAUCUGGGAGCCACUUGUACGGACGCAGACUAGUGCUCGAGCCAGCCAAGCAAGACGAAGCCUCCUCCAAGAUGACAUCCGCUUGA